GAUUGCUGGGAAGUGUUUGUCGGACAGACUGCGAGGAAUUUAAUAACGACAUAUAUUCGAGUUUAAAAGCGGUUUCUUCUUGUUAUUUUGGAGAAUAACUGGGGAAGACUGUUUUCAGUGUUACGAUGUCGGCGAGUGCGGAAAAAUCUGUUCAUGAAACCGUGAAAGAGCUCGGAGCGAGCAGUCAGCCGCUGCGGGGGGCUGGGAGCGGGUCCCGGGCGCGGUGUCGCGUGUGUAAGCGCCGGUACCGAGAACCCAAACUGCUCUCCUGCUUGCACACGUUUUGCGCGGACUGUAUCCGCCAGCUGGAGCCGUGCUCUCCGCUGAGCGGGCAGAGAGAGAGUCCGGGCACCGUGCUGCUGUGCCCCGAGUGUGACAGUGAGGUGGAGCUGCCGCGCUGCGGGGUGGACGGGCUCACCACAGACCACCUGGCGCUGGAUGAAGUGUUCAUGGAGACGCUGCUGCUGGAUCGGAGCGCCGUGUGCGACCUGUGCGGAGACGCCGAGGCCCAGCAGCGCUGUGAGGUGUGCAGCCUCAACCUCUGCGACUUCUGCAGCCAGGCGCACAGGAGACAAAAGAGGACAUCUAGUCAUGCUAUCCAUAGCUUGGAAGAGCUGAAGCGCCAGGGCCGUCUCUCCAGACCCGUGCUGUGUUCUCUGCAUCCAGGCCAGGAGCUGCGUCUCUUCUGUGACCCCUGCGAUCUCACUGUUUGUCUGGAAUGUGCCGCAGCGUUUCACAGGGACCAUCACUGCAGUCCCAUCCAUGAGGUCGUACAUCAGCAUGGCGACCGUAUCCGGGAGCUGGUUUCCCGGAGCCUGCGGCCUCGUCUCAUUCAUCUGGAGGAGGGAGUGAGGUCCGUGGAGGUUUCCCAGGAAGCUUUGCAGUCUCGGGCAGAGACGAUGGCGAGGGAGAUCCAGGCCUUUGCGCAAGCCUACACGAGCGCUGUGGAAACUCACUGCCGUUCCCUUCUGCACUCCCUGGAGGAUCUGAGACUACAGAGGCACAAAAAGCUCCAACUCCAAAGGGCGCAGCUGCAGCAGGCACUGUGUGAUAUCCGUGGCAGUGUAGACUUUGCCGAACGCUUGCUCACGUGUGGCUCGGAAGCAGAGAUCCUCAGUGUGAAGGGAGUAACCACAAGGCGGUUAAUGAGCCUGUUAGAGUUGGGGUAUGAUCCACAAACGAGCAGUGUUAGCCAUGACAGUGGAAGCAAUAUCUGUUUCUUACCGCAGGAACUUGCGGGGCAGGUGGAGGGGUUUCCCAUGGUGGGAGUUCUGCAGGUCAAGACUGUAGAUCCCAGCAAGUGCACCAUUCAAGGAGAAGGUGUCCAGCAGUGUCUUGAGGGCCAAAAGUGUGAGUUCACACUCAUCUGCAGAGACUCUGCAGGGGAACUGAUGGGCAAAGGAGGAGACUCUGUGCUUGUCAGCAUCAUCCACACAGAAAAGAAAGAAUGCAAAGUGGAGACAACAGUGAUUGAUAAUAAUGAUGGGUCGUAUGCUGUCUCCUACACACCCAGAGAACCUGGACCCUACUCCGUGUGGGUGUUUGUCAAAGCACAGCACGUGAAGGGCUCACCUUUUGGGCUGACUGUGAAGAGAAAAUUUCAGCGCCACAAUGGGAUCUUCCACUGCUGCUCGUUCUGCUCUAGUGGAGGCGCUAAAGAGGCACGGUGUGGCUGUCCGGGGACCAUGCCAGGAGGGUUCCAGGGCUGUGGUCACGGACAUAAAGGUCACCCAGGGAAGCCACACUGGUCCUGCUGUGGUAGCGUACUGGAGAGCUCGGAGUGUGUGCGCAGCCUCGUGUCAGGCUCUCACCGUGGACAUGUCCGGACAGUGGAACUCUGAUAUAACACCCUCAUAUGCAAAGAGACAAGGAGGAUUUUGUAGCUCUAUAAUGUUGUAAUGUAUACAGUACUUUAAAACCAGAAAACUGACUUGGUAUGAUUCUUUUUCUAAAAUGUCAACCGCAGUGAUGCAGUUUGUCUCUGUGAAGCUGGAUUAUUCACCAAAAACUAUUAAGAUGAUCGAGCUACUCUUUGUUCACUCAUUUAUUUCACAACUUUUUAGGGCCCGAGCACCGUUUGGUGCGAAGACCCUAUUGUUUUUUGAAGGAUUAAUCAUCUUAUUAUUAUUUUUCUGUCACACUUGGCUUUUUUUGAGGCAUUUCCCAUGCACGAAAACUCAUGAAAUUUGAUACACACAUCAUUGUAACCCCAGGGACUUCAUAGCACCCCCUAGUGUCAUGGAGUCCUUGGAUUGGCAUAUAGUUUCAGCUAUGCAUACCAAAUUUGGUACGUAUGUAGUUCGUCCCAAGACGAACAACUUUUCGUAUAUACAUUGCAUUAGCCACGCCCAACAGGAAGUGAGGUAAUUGGGCUUAUAUGCGUUUGGACACAUGGUCAUUUUUAACGUACUCCUCCUAGACGGUUCAUCAGAUUCAUGUCAAACUUGGCAAACACGAUGCCAAGAUAUUGGUGAUGUUGAAUUGCGAAGGGAUUUUUGAUAUGUUGUAAUAUGUUGAAAUGGCAAUAUUAUGAAUUUUAAUACUCGCCACAUAAACAGGAAAUGUGUCAUGAAGUCAUAAUACAUUUAAUGAUUUGGCUGAAAUCUUUCAGGUUAUUAGAGAAUGUGAUUAUUAUGACAUCUAGAUGCCCAAUAUGCCUGUCUGGUAUAGCGCCACCAACUGGCCAAGGAAAGAAUAGGGUUUUGAAUAUGUGUGUUUUGACACAUGAUGAAUUUUAACAUGCUCCUCCUAGACGGUUCAUGAGAUUCAUGUGAAAUUUGUUAUACGUGAUGCCAAGAUGUCGCUGAUAUUAAAUUG